UCAACAUGAAAAUAGGUUUCUCCACAAAGAAAGAGUGGGCCUACAUCAUAUAAUUGAAGGUCUUAAGGAACUCACACAGGCCAAAGCAAAGAAAAGUCAUCAUCUCCUCACAGAGAAACAGGACCUGUUCAAUAAAAGUGCGGCUCUAAAGGCAGAGUUGCAGGCCCACAAAAAGUACAGGGAAGAAAUGGACCAACUGAAAAUGAAUAUCAAGCGCAUAAAGAACAAGAAAAAACAGGAACUUCAGCGUGAAAGUGAAAUUUUCCUUAAAGAAAGACUCGGCCUAUAUGAUAAAAUGGAAGAGCUUAAGAAACACACACAGGCCAAAGAAGAGGAAUGUCAACAUCUCUUCAAAGAGAAACUGGGCCUGUACAAUGAAAAUGAGGCUCUAAAGGCAGAGUUGCAGGCCCACAAAAAGUACAGGGAAGAGAUGUCCAUGCUCCAUAAGCAAAGGAGUGACAAGCUGCUGAUCAUGUCCAAAGAUAGAGCAAUGGACAACAUGCAGCAGGAAACAGAGAGUGUGACAAAUAAGGUUCAGGAGCCAACUAACAACAGUGGUGUGCUGAGCAUCCCUCAAGCUGAAUUGCAAUGUGCAAACAUUCUUCUGCAACUUAGGUUUGACCUCCUCAGCAAUAAUUGCAAACUUCAGCAAGAAAUGGACCAACUGAAAAUGAACAUCAAGUUCUCAAAGAACAAGGAAAAACGGGAACUUCAAUAUGAAAAUUACUUUCUCCAUAAACAAAGAGUGGGCCUAUAUGAUAUAAUUGAAGAGUUUAAGAAACUCGCACAGGCCAAAGAAGAGGAAUGUCAACAUCUCAUCAAAGAGAAACAGGACCUGUACAAUAAAGUUGUGGCUCUAAAGACAGAGAUGCAGGCCCACCAGAAGUACAAGAAACAAAUGGACCAACUGAAAAAGAACAUCAAGCGCUCGGGGAACAAGGAAAAACAGGAACUUCAACAUGAAAAUGACUUUUUCCAUAAAGAAAGAGUGGGUCUAUAUGAUACAGUUGAAGAUCUUAAGAAACUUGCACAGGUAAAAGAAGAGGAAUGUCAACAUCUCUUCAAAGAGAAACUGGGCCUGUACAAUGAAAAUGAGGCUCUAAAGGCAGAGUUGCAGGCCCAUGAAAAGUACAUGGAAGAGAUGUCCAUGCUCCAUAACCAAAGGAGUAAAGAGCUGCUGAUCAUGUCCAAGGAUAGAGCAAUGGACAACAUGCAGCAGGGAACAGAGAGUGUGACAAAUAAGGUUCAGGAGCUAACUAACAGCUUGAAGGAUGUUCAGCACACCACUGUUGAUUUGCAACAUGCAAACAUUCUUCUGCAACAAGAUAAUGAAAAGCUACAGACAGAGCUUAGGAGGUUGGAAAAUGAAACAGAAAGCAUGAGAGAGGAAAUCAAGACCCUGAACGACGAGCUCCAUCAGGCCAGGGACAGUCAUAAAACAGCAGUGAUGUCAGACACAGGGGCACAAUACAAACAGUAGGAUAUAUGCAACAAAAUACAGCCCCAACACACGUCCCGGAGCUUCCCACUGUGGAGAUAUGAAGAAAAUCACGAGGAGCCAGUGCUGUCAGACAAGAGGACUUUAAAUGAACUAAAUCAGGGAGCACUUCAGGGUGUAGCAGUGUGAGCUCACAGCUAACAGACAAGGGUUUGACUCUCUGUCCUGACUGUGAGCUUGCAACCACUGUGGUGC